GCGGUUCAAACCUCCAGAGACUCGCCAGUACAGACUAGCGAAUUUGGGAAGCCCGCUACCCCCGCAGGCCGUGGUUCUGCUCCUCCUGGUGUUCUCCAACAAGCUAUCCCGGCCCUCUGCAGGAGGCAAUGGAGUCUAGCGGUGAUGACAGUAUUCGGGUGUUUGUUCGAGUGCGACCUCCCGACCCCAACCUGGACGGAGAUCUAUACCACGCCCACUGUGUCGAUGUGACCUCCGCGACCUCUCUCAGCGUGCAGAGUCGACCAGAACCAAAAGUGUUCACCUUUGACCAUGUAGCUGGAAUGCAGACCACUCAGGAGGAUGUGUUUUCUGCCAUAGGACGACCCAUCAUUGAGAGCUGCAUGUGUGGCUACAAUGGAACCAUCUUUGCCUAUGGGCAGACUGGGUCAGGGAAGACCUUCACUAUGAUUGGUCCAACUCAGGAGGAUUCAGAUUCAGAUUCAUUCACACAUGAGAUGAGAGGAAUCAUUCCCGCGAGGGUUUGAGUACCUCUUCAGUCUCAUCAACAGAGAGAUAGAGAAGUGUGGCGAUUUGGUGGAGUUUCUGUGCAAGUGUUCGUUUCUGGAGAUCUACAACGAGCAGGUCUUUGACCUCCUAGACCCAGCUUCCUCUGGUCUCCAUCUGAGGGAGAACAUGAGCCGGGGUGUCUAUGUGGACGGACUCACUGAACAGAGUAUAGCUUCUGCCAGAGAUGCCUACCAGGUACUGCGGACUGGAUGGGUGAACAGAAGAGUUGCGUCCACCUCCAUGAACAGAGAGAGCAGUCGCUCCCACGCUGUCUUCACCCUCACCAUCGAGUCCAAGAAGAGAGAGACAAAUGAGUCGAUAGCCAAGAUAAAGACCAGUCUCCUGAACCUGGUGGACCUGGCUGGCUCUGAGAGGCAGAGAGACACCCAGACUGCUGGACUCAGACUCAAAGAGGCUGGCAGUAUCAACAAGAGUCUGUCUGCUCUUGGGAAUGUCAUCAUGGCCCUGGUGGAUAUUGCCCACGGCAAGUCCCGCCACGUCCACUACAGAGACUCCAAACUCACCUUCCUACUCAGGGAUUCUCUUGGAGGCAAUGCCAAGACUCACCUGGUAGCCAAUGUCCAUCCCAGUGCAAGGUGUUUUGGUGAGACGCUGUCGACACUCAACUUUGCCCGGAGAGCCAAGAUGAUUAGGAACAAGGCUGUCGUGAACGAGGACACGUCGGGCACCGUCCAACAGCUUCAGUCUGAGAUCAGGAGACUCAAACAACUGGUCGAGAAACUUAGGAGUGGAGUGGCAGCCUCUAUCCCCCUGCCUCCCACACCAGAGGAGAGGGGUGUGGCCUUGCUGCCAGGCUCCUCCCCUCCUCUCUCCUCCUCCUCCUCCUCCUCAUCCCUGUCUGGAAGAGGGGUGGGUGUUCUGUCAGAUGAUGCCAAGACCAUCAUAGACAUUAAAGAAAUGCUGACUCAUUCAAUGGCUGCUCGUGAGAAGUCAGAGUCCACGAAGAUGAGUCUGCUGGAGAGGAUAGAAACCUGCAGAGGUUGUGUGACAAGAAGGAGAAAUUCCUACAGUCCACCAAGAUGAUUCUCAAGUUCCGUGAGACCCAUAUCGGUAACAUGGAGAAGCAGAGGAGGGGGAAGGGAGGGGAGGAGGUCCAGGUGACGCUAGAGAGGAGUCGACCAGGUGUGUAAAUGGUCUAGUCUCUGGAGAUGGACUCACUACCAGUGCUCUUCUAAAGCAGGAGGUGGAGCAACUGAGGUAUCAGGUAGACCAUCAUCCAGAUGUCACCAAAUUCGCUCUUGAGAAUCUCGAUCUCAGAGCGGAGCUGAAGAAGCUGCGGUCCACUCUACCAGGUGGCAGUGUCCACAAGGAGCUGGCUAGGACCCACCAGUACACCCUCCAGCUAGAGAGACAGCUACGACACUACCUCGCCAAGGAAGCUGGUGGAGGAUCCCCGGUGAAGGUGGGCGGGGCAGCUGGUCUGGUCCAGAGACUCCGCCCCCAGGCCAGAGCCACCGGCGACGAGGGAGUUCAGAGUUCGGAGAGACUCCAGAGCAAGUUGUGUGGACUGCAGAGUGAGCUGGAGAAGACGAGGAGACAGCUGGCCACAGAGAGGGAGGAGUUUCACCUCAAGGAGGCCCAGAUGGAGGUCUCUCUCAACACCGCUCACAAGGCCAACCAGGAACUAGAGAGGAGUAUAGAGGCACUGAAGUUGAAGAGCAGUGUGGAGAAGGCCACUCUCAAUGAUCUCCACAUGAACACCAUCAGAUCAAUGCUGACUCCCAAGAAGGUGGCAGUACAAGUCUCCACCAAGUCUGCAAUCUCCAGUUCUCCAUUCCGUCGUGUGGACUCUGACCCUGUGAGACAGUCUCUGGACUUCACCAAGCCACCAGGCCCUCUCUCUCCUCCUCCCCCCUCAAUCCCUGAGUCCCCUGAACUGGAGUGUAAAGGGGGUGUGUCUGGUCUAGUAAGCUCCGCCCACCAAUCAUCGUCCUGUGUCUCGGUCGGGACCAAUACCGAGAUCACUGGAGACCUCCCAGUGGAGGGAGGACUUAAUGAACUCAAUAUUGAGGGGGCCCUCACUGAUGAACUAAAACUUCUUCAGGAUGCAAACAGAAACCUACAAAGCCAGCUAGAGGAGUUAGAGUCCACAGUGUACCAUCUGGACAGGGAUAAGUCGGAUCUGUCGUCACAACUGGUCCAGCUCCAGUCAGUGUCCCGCUCGGAACACGAGGCCAGUCUGGCCAGAGAGCAGGACCUCCUGGAGAAGGUGGCAGACAUGACUGUCACCGUAGCUGACCUCACCAGCUCCAAUACUGUCCUAAAGAGUGAGGUGGUUGAUCUGAGAGUGUGUCUCCAGUCAGCUGACAGAGAACUGAGCGAGGCUAAGACCACCAGGAAACAAGACUCUCUGAAACACAACUCCAAACUCAUGGAAUGCAUGCAAAAGAUCGGAGAGCUGGAGCAGGUGGUAGCCACAAAUGUUUCUGAUCUUGAGAGGCAGACAGAGGAUCUCCAGAACAUGCAGGAUGAGGUGGAGACUGGUAGAGAGGAGUUGACGUUCAAAUCUCAUCGUAUCAAUGACGUUGAGCAGGCUCUACGUCAGGAGAAAGAACACUCCACCAGUCUCACGGCUGAGAUGCAGUGUGUGUUGGAGAAGUUGACGCGAGAGGUGGAGAAGAACACCCAGCUCAGUUCAGAGCUCCAGGAGGGAGAGAACGGGAAACAACAGGAGUUGGUGAAGGCUCUGGAUGAGAAUGCAAUGCUGUCGUCUCGCGUGACUCAGCUGGAGACAGAUAUGAAGAGACAGCUCCACGAGUACCAGAGACAGACCAGUGAUGCCCAGACCACCAUCACCUCUCUACACAACAGACAGAUGGCCGACAGGGAGGCAAUAGGGAGUUUGAUGGGUCAGCUGCAGGAGCUGCGGUCCUCGCGUGCCACAGACGAGGCCAGAGUCGGCUCUCUGAGGAGAGAGCUGCAGGACACGUCGCAGGAACUGAGGGAGUCUCUCUCCAGGAACAACCGCCAGGCCGCUAAGGUUGAGAGUCUGGAGGCCCAGAUCAAGAACAUGGUACUGGACCACGAGAGAGAACUCAAGAAGAAAGACUCUGAGCGGGAGAUAGUGGUUGAGGAACUGGAGCACAUCAGUGAGCAGUACCAGCAGCUCAGCUCCACGUUUGCUGCCCAGUCGGAGGAGCUGUCCCUGGUGGAGAGAGAGACCAGGGAGACCAGGGAGACACUGGCCCUCAGAGAGACAGAGCUGGCCACUCUCAGACAGAAGAAGGAGAGGAGGGCCUCUGUCAGCAAGGCUCAGUCGUUUGAUGAAAUGAAGACACUAUUGGAACAGUCAGACGAAGAGAAAGACAGGUUGAGGUCAGAGUUGAGCAAGGCGGUGGCCAUGUUAGGAGACUAUGAACAGGCCAGGGAGGAGAAAGACAUGGAAAUACGACGCCUGCAGGAGGAGCUGAAAUCUCGGGAUGCUCAGGUUGGGGAGUUGAAUCAGUUGACUGCCAACCUUGCCACUGUUCAAUCCCAGCUGGAGGAGCAACGGACACUGGAGGCCAGGCUGAGACAGGAGAUGCAGGACCAGUCAGAGGAGCAGGUGAGACUCCAGAGAGCCUACCAGACGGCGGUGGAGACCAGAGACAGUGUGCUGAGGGAGAGAGCUGGCCUGCAGAGAGCUCUGGAAGAGGCCACCUCCUCUGUGGCCUCUCUCAGCGACCAGCUGGGUCGCUACAAGGCCAUCGAGCAGCGGCUGUUUGAUGAGACACAGUCCUACCAGUCACAGCUUGAGGCACUCAGGGAGGAGAAGAGCAAGCUGGCAAAGGAAUGUGCCAACCUGGCCAAAGAGAAUGCGGCCAUCUCAGGUCACCAGAACCUCCGUCAGAAGAUCCACUACCAUGCCACCACCAAACUGGAGAACUCCAGACUCAAAGAGGAGGUGAUGGUACUAGAGAACAGACUUCGAGUCAAGACUACUGAGCUGGCAAACCUCCAGAAGAAAGUCACCCACCUCCUGACUGAGCCUCCAACUACCCACACCCCUACUAAAUCCUCUCCCUCCUCCUCCUCCUCCUCUUUUACCACACCCUCUAUAGGACCGCACCAUCUGAACAACACAUCACUUCUCAAGGAGAACAUCGUUCCCAAAUAGAGACCACCACAACACAGAAGCUCUUCUAAUUAUUGUAUAUAUAUACUAUUAUUUUCCAUACCACCGUCGAAAUGGGGUUGGACAGAUGUGGCAGACUCUAUAGUGUUACUAUUAUACAGCUUCACAGC